CUGGGAGGAAAUUAUUACUGUUUUUCUUUUUGGGGAAUAUUUAUUUAUUCAACGAGUUGGAAGAAAUUGGUUGAAAUUUUAAUUUGGUUUCUAAAAUUCCAAAUAUUGACUUAUUAGGAUUCAAGACAAGACAAUACGGACACGCCCCAAAGCCAGAAAACAAUCGGUUCCUCUUUCUUCUGUAGAGCCGUGCCGGAGAAGAUGCCCAUGGACCGAACUCAGGCAACCUCGGAAAGCCCGAGCAGCAGGGUGAUGGUUUUGUCGAUCGAGUGCAUCAAAGGAAGCUCACGCGCCGACGAGUGGACCGGCGACAUGCUCCAGACCGGCGACAUAGUGGAGGAGCUAACCAUCGGGUCGUCGCUGUGCGUGAGAUCCCCCUUUAAAAACGGGCGCUCCGGAAUCCAAAGAAUUCUCCACAAUUCCUUCAAGGACAAGCAGACGUCCAUCGUGGUCCGGGUCCGCCGAGGCCGGGACCAGUUCUCGGAGCUCCACGCCUGUAUCGUACCCAACGACUCCGCCGGAAGAAAGCAGUACGUUCUCCGCUCCAUCACUGACCCGAAUUACGUCGUCGGGUUCGUGGAUCGAACCGAAUCCGAAUGCUUCGACCUUCAAGCAUCGAGGAAUGACAGAAUGGUAAGUGCAUUAGAGAGGACAAGGCUUCAAGAUGGAUAUGUAUCAUAUCCAUGGGAAAGAAGGAUGCACGAAACCUUGUCUGUUCCAUAUUCCAGCUCUUUUCUCUCCAUUCUGCUGCUUCCAAAAGCUUCAAAUGAAGUGGCCACUCACUACAAUGACUUGGAAGACACCCUUGCCAGAGCCAAUGCCUGGCUCAACUCUGCCCAGGCCAGCGGCGUCCCCAUUGUCUUCAUGAACAUUCAGACUGAGUCUCUCUUAACCAAGAUAUCUGGAGAUACAGCCUCUUCCACUGUCAGUGCUGGUUCCUUGUCUGAUCUGUCCAACCUCACCAAUGCCAGUCUCUACGGUUUCGAGGAUUACCAUGGGGUCGAUAUUGGUGUCGUUCGAUCUGUUCGUCUAUGGUAUGCUCCUCUUGGAGGAGAGCUUCCUCUGGAAAUCAAGCUAAAAGAAGGAGAUUCCAAGCUGGGGUUUGCCAUUAGUCGCACAGAGGAGGGAUUUAUCUAUGUUUCAUCUGUGAUGGAUGAAGAUGACAAUGCGCCUUCCACAAGGUCAGGGCUGGACCAUCUGUACAAGGAAGCUGAAAAUGCAUCGAAAUUGCUUAUAAUCUCAAGAGUUUCGAAUCAGAAGGUGCUCCCAUGGAUAGUGUCUUCUACAGGGGCAAUUCGAUGCUUCGACACAGUUUCACUCAGCCAGAAGCUGUCGUUGCAUAGGCACGCCAAGGUCUCCAUUUUCUUGCACGUCUUUUUAUGGGACAGAGAAUUGGCUUCUUCAAUCGGCGCCGCCCCAAGUAGGCAAAGACCCACGCCGUCGCAGCCGGCGGCUCCAGCGCGGUUGGCCUUGCCUCCAGAAGUCCAAUUGGCUCGCCACCCAAACGACAACCAAAUACAGCCACUGCCGGCGGACGCGUUCAGCGAGAGCGGAAGUAAUAACACUGAUGGGUCGUCGAUCAGAAUGGAACGAGACACCGCCGGUGACCUCUCCUUUAGAUUUCAUGAGUUUUCUCUAUCGAGCAACUGGGUAUGAUUUUGGUUGCUUUAACUCUACCCUGCACAAAUAUCAACGAUAGAACAGAGUUUUACAGAUGUGGUAUCCAAUAUAGGUUUGUAUUGGAAACAGAGUUUUAUAUUGAGUGGAGUUUCCUACUGGUUUCGCUAGGAAACAUUGUUUAUUAUUCAAAUCGACGUCCUCCUUUUCAUUUCAUUUGUAUUAAGAGCAUGAAUUCGGCUGAGCCGGAUGGUGAAAUCUCAAUAUUUUCAUGGAGGCUUAAUUAAGUUU